AUGGAAGAGCUGAUAAAAAAAAAAAUCGUCACGGACACCGCGAGGCCAGAAGGGUCGACAUCAGAAAUACAGCUGAAAGAGGAGAACAAAGAGCCCUCUCAUCUCCUCGACCUUUUGCGAAGAGCUCUCCUAGGCAGGGAUAAAAAGAUUAGGGGGAGUCAGCCCGAACAAGAACAGCAACCUGAGAAAAAAGGAAAGUCGUCGUCGUCUCAAGGAGGAGAUGGGGGGUUCCGUUGCCCAUGGAAAAAAGGCAAACAACGAGGCAUUUGGCUGUACUCUUUUCGACGCAGCAAGGAGCUUAAAGCUUCCGGGAUCCAUCUCAAACCGAGUAGAACGAGUUUGUUGCCAGACAUUUCUUUCAAUUCCUACUUCUUCUAUGUCUACCUGAAACUUCCCCCAAUAAUCAUUGAUGACUUCACGAAGCACAAGUUCUUGAACAUUGUAGCCUAUGAAAUGUGUCCAGAUGCCCCAGAUGACUAUGGGGUCCCUUCUUAUAUAUGCCUCCUUUACGACCUCAUUGAUCAUGCAGACGAUGUCAAGGAGCUGAGAUCUAAGCACAUUCUCUUCAACCUUCUUGGCAGCGAUGAAGAUGUGGCCCAACUUUUCAACGAGGUCGGCAAUGACUUGGUAGAUCCCGAAGCUUAUAAAGAUGUGAAAGAUUGUAUUCAGGAACACUACAACAAGAGAAUGAAUACUUGGAUAGCUCAAGCCCUUCACGACCAUUUCAGUACUCCAUGGACUAUCAUCGCUUUCAUUGCUGCUCUUCUGAUACUAUUUUUUACUGGGGUUGAGGCCUACUAUGCUCUUCCCGGUAAUUAA